GGAAUUUGACAUUCGCCAACUUCAGAGUGGUUGUCUUUUUUUGGGGGAGACGAGAAAAAUUAAUUUUCCAUUAUUUUUGUGCAAAAAAAAGUGACCCCGGGGGCUCCAGGUGCGCUCUCCAGGUGCUCCCCGCAGCCCAGUGAUGGUGAUGUGUGUGCAGUAGUGCAAAUAGACAGAAAAAGUGGAGCGCCCCAUCUGAAUCGUCGUGGUAGUGAGGAGGUCCGGUGGAAAAAAAUCAAUGAAAUUUUCUCACAUACACGGGGGGUUUGUUGUAUUUGUGACUGUAUAGAGUGUAAAAAGAUGUGUUGUGGAUUUAUAGUAUUCACUUCAUGUUGAGAGUGGAAGAGAAUGUCGUCGUCUCUCAAUGGAGCUUGCAAAGUUUUCGUUUGUAAGAUGAAUAAAAAUUAAAAGUGAUUAAAUAAAAACAAUAUUGUUUGAAGGGGAAAUUAUAGAAGAAGAAAAAAAUUAUUCAGUGAGUUUUUUUAAAUGUGGAAGAGUGGUUAAAUGUGUGAGAUUUUAGGGUGAAACAGUACAGACAAAAUGCAUGUAUCAACACAUUCUUCGGGUAGUCUCAAUUUUACUGUACCUGUUUCGUCAAAUGCACAGCGCCAGAUACCCAUUUUGGACAAGCAACAGUCGCAGGAUCAGCAACAGGGCAAUAUUUCUAAUUGUGAUACAGAGGAUGAGAUUCCGGCCUCGGUGAUAAGCAGCGUGGGUACAGUGAAUUAUCAGCAAACCCCACAUCAAAUUUAUGUUGUAGCCACACAGGCACCAGCUCUGACCAAGACACCCACUACGGGGGUACAUAGUCAGGCUGCUGCUGGUAGUGGGAAAAAUAUCCCAGAGCCCGGUACAUCUGUGGCAUCAUAUUCCACGUACGUACCCGAUGGUGGGACACCGAACAAAGUGAUGCAACAAUCCAUGAUUGGGGUGCAAGCAACCACCUCGGUUGCAGCAGUACAACAACCCAGACUCCAUCCGAAGAAGCGAAAAUUCGACCCGGCUGAAUUGGAGGAAAUGAACUCGACUGCAAAGAUGGAGGAGGGAAUUCCAUCUGCUGCUGCGACAAGCACAGAGAUUGUCAAUAAAAUGACACCAGCAACGGUGACGGCGACAUCCAAUGGUGUGACCACGGCACAAAUCAUUUUUACAACCCAUCCAAUGCCUGUGUACAGCCAUGCCAAUUCAUACCAUCAUGUGCAGCAGACAGUUGACCCUCCAACUCCAUCCGCUGCUCCUCCAGUACGAGAGUUACAGCCGGCUGUGCCAAAUAUUGAUCUCACAGAAUGGCGUGAUCAUCGGAUUUUGCUGAAGCACAUCUCGAUGAAUAUCUACCAACCAGGGUCGAUAAAAGACGUCGAACAGCCACACACAGUGGUGGUGAAGAUGGAUGGCGAAGAGGGAUGCUGUAGAAAAGUAUUGGAUGUUUUUGGUGCGAAUCGUUUUGAUAUUGUGAGCGAUGCAUGUCCAUCAGUGGCUGCGGUUUCACCGGGAAUGCGCGUAUGUGUGAGGUCACAGUUAUCAGAUUCAUCGGGAUAUGUUUUUGUGGAAGGAAUUGUGAAUGAUGUAUUGAACAAUACGAAGCAGUUUACCGUGCAGAUGGCAAACAAUGCCCAGGAUGUGCGGAUUGUCAAGAGGGCGGAUUUGCGCCUUCUACAGCCACCGUGGUGGGAUGAAUUGACGGAAGCAAUGAAGAGUGGAUGUCACGAUGAUGCCAUGAGCAGUACAAAUAGUGGAGCAAUGUCUAACAUGGGUGGUAAUACGAAUUGCCAUAAGGGUGCGGAUGUAGAGACAAAAAUUGUCUAUGCAAACUAUGCAAAAGGUACAUGUCGGAAUGUUGUUGGGAUGAAGUCAAUUGUGGCCGUAUCUUCGCGUUCUUCGGCAAAUUACGGUGCACCAAUUCAUCGGUAUGAUACAUCACCCCCAAUACAGGUGCACCAUGUCCUACCGAUCCUGCACAAUCAGGAGGAGUACUACAGAACAACGGCCACAUCACCGUUUCAGGGACAAAAUGUCCCUGGUGGUGAGUCAAAUGUACCCCCCGGUGGGGUUGUUAGUGGUAAUUCCGUGGAGGUUCUAACACCCGGUGUGUCAGUAUUAGCAACCACAAGCCCCAAUCCUGACGAGCACAUGCGACGUCAGCGGUAUGACGACUACGAAAGUGAUGAUGAUCUACGCCGUGAGGAUAUUAGCUUCCCAAUGGAUGGGGAUGUGGAGAAAUUGUCCGGAAGUAGUAAGAGGAGUAGUAUGCAGAGUCGUGGUAGUACGUCGAGUUUAUUGGACCAAAGACUGACACCCAGAUCUCAGCCAGCUACCCCAAGAUCUCAAACGGCUACACCGCAUCGCUUCAAGAAAGGUGAUAUUGUCACCACACCCAGUGGCAUACGGAAGAAGUUCAAUGGGAAACAAUGGAGACGUCUCUGCUCCAAUGAUCCGUGCUCCAAAGAAUCUCAGCGUCGUGGCUUCUGUUCGAGGCAUUUGAGUCAAAAAGGCAAUUCCCUCCGUUCCGCCGGAGGACCCAAUCAAUUCCCAACCAGCCGUUCCAGUAGCAAAGCUCAAGCCGAUGAGGACACCUCCAGAGAUUCUGAAACAUCACCAAAUUAUCGCGUAGCUGGGCGUUAUGAUCAAGAGGAGACUGAUGUUGCAAAUAUGCUGGUUUCUCUGAGUAGCUCGAGAUCAGCUACGCCAUCAUUCUCUUCACCGACAAAUCAUGGCUCCCCACCGAUUCAUGCAACGCAAUCCCCGGUAACGGUGGGAAAUCGUCAGAAUGUUUUUAUGCCAAUCGGGAGUCCGGCUGCGCAGUCAGAGUCGUCCAAAUGGAAGGCAAAUACCCCAAGUCCCGUAUCGCAUUGUCUUCCGGCGCAUUCACAUGUUAUACGGCCGGAAGUGAGGCCACCGCAGCCAUUGCCGCCGCCUGUGCAGCAGCCGCCACCGCAGCCACCGCCGCAGAUGCAUCAUCAGCCGCAGCCGCCAAUGUCGACGCCGCAACAGGUCACAACAGCACCGCCGCCGUCAAAUCUUCCCCCUGUUGGGCAUGCAACAAGUGUCAUUCGCAUAUCACCAGCCUCGAGUCACGCAUACCACCUGCAGCCGGUUAUAAUGGAUUCAGGGCAUGUGGUGUCCUCCAUUCCCACCACAAUGGAGAAGCCCCAGACAAAAAACGGCAUUAAUCCCAACUCCAUCUAUCCAUGGCACACGCUUCUGCCGGUUAUUAAUCCACCCCAGGUGCGCUCUGGGCAGACAACGUUUAAUUCCGGCACGAAAGCCCCAUCACCACCGCCACCAGAGUCAACGGAACCCACCGCAGAGGAUGAUGGAGAAGAUGAUCAAGGGGAUGAUGAUGUAUUUGAGACUCCAGCACCGGAGAAUCCUCAAGCAUCAGGAGGUUCAUCGGGUGCAUCAACAAAUGAGAAUUUUCAGCCACCAUCGAGUAUGGCGAAUGGAAGUAAUAUUCCGUGCAAUUUUCUCACCAAUCACGGCCCAUUUGGCAGCACGGAAAACAAUGAUUCCCCCUUAGAUGGGGAGAAGGGGGCAAAUAGCCAAUUUGUCGUGGGGAAUGUAGCUGUUUCCCAUACGACGAUUCUCCCAAAAAUUGGGCAGGGAGAAACAUGUUCAGCAAAAACGCGUCGUACACAAUCAUGUAGUGCCAUCGAAGCGAGUACAAAGGAUCCACAGAGUCCGCAAAUGAAGAAGGAGGGAGCAAAGAUAAGGCGUCCCAUGAAUGCCUUUAUGAUUUUUUCAAAGAGACAUCGGGCACUUGUGCAUCAGAAGCAUCCAAAUCAGGACAAUCGGACUGUUAGUAAGAUUCUCGGUGAAUGGUGGUAUGCAUUGGGACCCGAUGAGAAGGGGAAAUACCAUGAUUUGGCUACAGAAGUCAAGGAAGCGCAUUUCAAGGCUCAUCCUGAGUGGAAAUGGUGCUCAAAGGACCGAAGAAAGUCAUCGAGUUCCACAAAGGAUGGACGUGGAAGGACAGAUUCGGUGGAUGGGGCAGAUUCAUUGGAUGAGAAGAGUCCCAAAACACCGGGUGUGGAGACAUCUACGAAUCAGGUGAAUGACGUUAUCCCGCUGACUAUAUCAGCAUUGAAUGUUAGUGAGGAUGUGGAGAUGACGAUGAAUAUAAAGAAGGAGGAGGAUGGUGGUGCAAAUGUCACCGACACAAGUAGCACCACUCAAGUGCAAUCAGUUGAUGGGACAACGUCAGUCACUAAUACAAUGCUCACCUCUGUGGCAGAGCAGAAGGAAGAAGCAAUGUCUGAUGAUGAUCAAAUGGUGAUAGCCGAGGAGGCGAGUGCAACAGAAAAUAAUGCCGAUAUUGAUUUGCAGUGCGCAGAAAAGGUAACGGAUUCAGAUGUUGAAGAACCGAAUUGUGAUGACUCGGAAGAAUCACACAAGAAUAAGAAGAUGAAUGAAGCGGGUGGUGAUGAAGGGACACAGAUUGGGGGUACAAAUAUUGUUGGAAAUACUGGGAUUAGUAGGGAGCAGCAUGGCAACAUGGAGAUUCGUUGCAAGCCAAAACCAAUAAAAUUGCCAUCACAAAUGGAGAAUGUUAUGUACAAUUAUCCCCAUAUGUCCAUUCCUACGUAUCUUGGCCCUAAAAAUCCAUCGGGAGUCUCAACUUUCCAUCCAACAGGUGGCGCCUUCAUGCCAGCUAGCCCGAAGAGUAAGAAUCCACGUUCAAUGGAGCAAACAAGUGCUGAGCAGCAGUUCAAUGUGCAAAUGCAAUCGGCUGGGGUUAAGAUGGAAAAUACCAUGGAGGUGACAAAUAAAAAUUCGGCAAUUUUCACAUUCAAUGCCACGCAGCAUGAGCAAAUGCAGUUGCAGGCGGCAACAGAGCAACAACGACAGAAUAUGGAGCAACAGCAGCAGCAGAUGUAUCAUAAGAAGGAAUUUGCAGCACAUGCACAACAUGGUGAGCAUCAUCGUCACAGUGGGGCACAAUCGCCGAAUGAGGGGAGUGCCGGUGAUAGUUUAUACAAUAACAAUAAUGUGAACAACAAAGAAUUGAUUGCAAAUGCAAAUUUGGCCACAGCAGGUGAGGUGUGUGGUGGCAAAGAUGCUGCCAACAACAAGGGUAAAUUGGUGGCAACACUGAGUGGUGGUGAUGGCAACAAAAAGACCUCAGCAGCAGCUCCACAGCCGCAGCUUCCAUCGCAGCAGAUACUCAUGAUAAAUCCAAGUACAAUUGCCACCCUAUCAGCAGCACCCACCUCCUCAUCAAAUCCACCACAAGUUAUGAGCCCGAAAUCCAUUAUGUGGACUGUCACUGGGAAUCAGCAGAUUGCAUUAGUCCCAGUUGCAGAGGAAAAUCAAUAUAUGAUGCACAAACGACCGAGAAUUUUCACAAGCAAUGCAGGUGCUCUCAAUACUCAACAAGCCCAAGCAAUUGCUGCCAAUACACCGAAAACAACUGCAGCAUCUGCUCCAACACUUCAGUAUGUUAUUCAAGGGCAAAUGCCGAAUCUUCUCAUAUCAACACAAAAUUACUCCACUCAAAGUCUUUUGAAAGUUAAACAAGAACAACAACCAUUGGAAUCACCGGGAAUUAAAAAUCUUCCAGCAACACCAAAAUCAAGUUCAGCUGAAUCCAUUGAUGUGAGUGAUUUGGGGAAUGAGGAGAAGGAGAAGAAUUUUGAAAAUUUCGAACCACCAGAGAAGAAAACAUUUGUUCUUGCACCAACACCUGCGCAAUUGGGGAAGGCUCCACUGCAGCGAAGGCAGAAUUUAACUUCAAAUGGAAACUCCACAUCGUGCGUGAGUGAACCACAAACACCAACAACAAUGAGCAUGACACCGAUAACAACGCUAAAUAAUAACAUCACCACAAAUUUACCCUCAUCCCUGCCAACACCAACAUCAGCCACAAUUGAUGAUGUUCACGGGCAAAUGUCGCCACAACAGAAGAAAUCCUUCUUCAAGAAGAUCAAGAGUGAUGAUAUGGACAAUGUACUGAAGCAAGUUGAUUUUGAGAAGAAAUUCCAAACGCUGCCGCAAUUCAAGCCUGAAGACUGCCAAUCACCAAGCGCAAUUUCAAUUGCAUCCUCACCACGUGUUUUCACACAGAAUUACCGCAAGAAGGCACAACCUUUGGCCAAAGCUCUAAGACCGUGGUCUACUGUCUUCCAAUUCUACCUUCCAGAUUCUGCUGCUGCUGUGGCAGAUGAGGAAAUGUCCGAAGCGGGAAGUGCAGCAUCAACUGCCACACCAUCUGCCUCCUACAUUGUUGGCAAUCGUUUCUUUGGUGCUGAUUUCAAUAUUGAUCAACUACGAGCUGCUACAGAAGGUGCAGAUACCGAUAGAUCUCCACGAACGCCAAAGACUCCGCUUCAGAGUGCAUCGUCUGUACGGAGUGCAACAAUUUGCGGGAGUGCUGGAUCGGUGUGUAGUAGUGCGGUGGGUGGUGGAUCUGCAGGCUCAGGAGCUCAAGAUCCAGUGGAGAAAGGACAUAGACGGAUACUCGAACAGCGAAGACAACUUGUAAUGCAGUUGUUUCAGGAACAUGGCACUUGGUUUCCCACCUCUCAGGCAACAAAUAGUUUCCAGCUGGCCCAUAAUGACAUCUUUCCCACAAAGCAAAGUCUUCAGCUGAAGAUUCGUGAAGUGAGGCAAAAGUACAUGGCACAGUCAAAUGGACCAGCUACUCCAAAUGACAUUGGUUCUCCUGCUGAACCACAACAACAAACACAAACAUCUCAACAGCCAUAAAAUAAUUUUCUAUUUCAUCAUUAAGAUUAUUAUUUUCUAUUUUAUUAAGGAUACAUCUCCCACAAUUUCUUCUGUUUUUUAAGCAUAACAGAACGUAAGAUUUAUAUACAGAAAAAAACGUUAGCAAUAUAACGUAACUAUAUAGUAAAAAAAACAACCAAAUUUAUGGGUCAAAUACAAGGAAUUUAUAUUAAAACGAGAUACAGUAACAUCAUAAAACUUACUGAUGAAAAUAAACUUUCAAUGGAAAUUA